UAACCGCAUACGCUGCUCGUACGUUACACUGCGGCUUACGGUGUUUUUCUGCAUUUACAACAACAACAACUUACUAUGAAAAUAUAUUAGUGACAAAAGUAAGAACUUCUAACAACGGCACUCACACACUCACACUCGGUUAGUUCUUAUGAGUGUUCGUUGAAAAGACGAAGUGACGACGGUCGCUAGCGAAACGCCAACGAUCGAGCGGCCGUGUAAAAGUGCCGAUGCGCCACCGUUGCCCGACAUUGUCGGCGUUGAACUAUAAUUUUUACACACUUGCGCCUAAACUCACACACCUGUGUGUGAGCGUGUGUGGGUAUUGGAUGAACCGCUGCUGCUGAUUGACGGCAUCGGCAGCGUCCGCACAACGGGCUAACUUUGGACUAACUGCUUGUGCGCGAGUACCGCUGGAAUACAGUAAGAGACGAUCCAGCGUUGAGGAUACACGCGUGUAGCGCUUCCAUAUCGCGUUCGUCGUUUUGCAAUAAUCAAACUAACAGUGCAUCACCACUUGAUCUUGCUGAAGUUCUAAGUUGAAAAGCAAACACAUACAUACACACACAUAAGUGUCCAUACAUUUUUAUAGCAUAGAAUUUUCCUACUGCCAGAAAAACAUGCAAGGAAACAGAAACAAGCUCUAAGGCACUAAGCAACAGGCUGAAAAUCUGAAAUAGGCGAAGUGAAGUGAAAUUUUGUGAGAAGUGCAAAAUAUUAAAUUCUAUAUGAAAAUUGUGGUUCUAACGCGCAUAUAAAGGAUUAUUAGCCUCGAGGUUAGCAAAGAAUUUUUUGUGUAAAAAAAAAUAUGAAAUGAAUUAAAAAUUAUUUAAAACAAUUUUUGAUUAAACAAACUAUUAAAAAUAUUUUUUUAAAAAUAUUUGAAAAAACAGAAAGUAUCCUGUAAUAAUACAAUUUAAAAAAAGAUUAAUUCAAAAUACGAAUAUAUACACAUUUUGUUCUCAAAAACAGAAAACUGCCCGUACAGAAAAUCAAACACUAGAUUUGUGUUCAAAAAAUACUGGAAAUAAAAUAUAAUUUUUAAGAAAACAAAAACGCAAAUAAAAAAACAUAUAAAGUGUGUUCAUAAAUUUUUGAGCAAAAAAUAUAAUUUUAAAACUACCAGAAAAAAAUUUAAAAAAAAAUAAAAAAUUGCAUGAAAAAGAAAUUAAGUAAAAAAUUUCUGACCAAAAGAAUUUUGAGUCCAAAAAAAAAUUUUUUAGGCAAAAAAUAAUUUUUUCAAAUAUAUAAAAUUUAAAAAAAUAUAUUUUUUUUUAAUAUAAAAUUUCAAUAGGAAUACUUUGUGCAGUGUACGAAAUGGCGCAUGCGCGCAGUCAACAAAGAGUUAAUUUUUAUAAAAAUUACACAUAAGUGAACGCAUUAAAAAAAUCAAAUAUUUUCCAAAAAGAAUUUUCGAAAAUACACACCGACUGUGUACAACAACACAGUGGCACGUAGCUCCAGCAAAAACACACAGCGUGGAUUAGUGUUUUGCUGGUAGUAACUAUGACUACAAUAUUUUAAACCCAGUGAAAAGAUAAAUAAAGUUAUCAAAACAUUACCAACAUAAACACUUUGCCGAAACGAACACACAACCCUUAAAAUGCCGAAAAUUUUUCUCAUCAAGAAUCGGCUGCACCAGCAGCAACAACGCCUGCUGGAAUCACAGAAUCUGUUGCAGGACAAAAACGAAGAUGAUCGCUUGGUGCCACCGUUGAGUCCUUCGCCACCGGUGAACAAUGGCAAGUCGAACGCAACGCCCGGUGCCACACACUCGUACACGCCACCAGCUCGACAUCAACUCGACCUACAUAGUGGCUUUAGAGCACACACCACACCCUCGCCGCCACCACCAGCACUUGUACCGGCACCGGUGCAACCACCCAAGACGCCUGAGCCGUUGGGCAAGGCGGAGGCAGCAACUCCCUUGCUGGUAGCCAAGCGCAGCAUAUCGCCAACAACAGCAGCAACAACAACCGUGUCGGCAGAUAUCGAGGACACGCAGACAGCCAAUGUGGCAAGUGAAGAACCAGUGAAUCUCCUGGUGAAACCAACAACAGAGGCACAAGCAACAGCAACAACAACAACAGAAACAGCUGAAACCACAGCUCCAAAUACGCCGCCGCUUUCGCGCAAGCGCUUCCAUCAUCGACGUUACUAUUUCGGCCAACAACAAUUACAACUACAAUUGCAACAACAGCAAGAGAAGAAGUUCAAUAAUAGUGAUAAUGCUGCUGACGCUGCUGAAGUUGGAGGUACUGCAAGUGCACGGACCGAACGGUUAUCACCAGCAGUUCCAACUUUGACAGCUGAAGCAACAGCCACCGAAACUACUACAUUACCACUACCCCACACAUCGAUCACAUAUCCCCAACCACAAUCACCUCCACACAAGACACCCUCGCCGUGCAGACCGCUGGGCCAGGAGGGUUUUGGUAAAGAAACAGAAGACUGUAAAAAGGAUUCGCAGGCGGAUUCUUACAUUCAAGCACCAAAAAGUGAAAAAAUUCAAAACCUAAAAUUAUCUGUUGAAACUGCAGAGCAAACUGAAGACGUGGUGCAAAUAGAUAAGCCACGUUUCUACUCUUCGAUUUUAGGUGGUAAUAAACCCUAUAGUGGUGUGGUAUUGACACAAGCCCAACGUAAAGAAUAUCCGGUUGAAGUUGUAAAUCGUCGAUUAACAGCAACUCCCAUUGAAGAUAGUUCCAGUGAUUCUGAUUCGGAUGCGGAAGGCUCCAAACUAAUUGUUGAUGAAAAACCAUUGGUUCCUGAAGAUAAACCACUUUCAUUGCGCUUACGAAGUACUCCGCCACCAUUAGAGAAGCGUCCUAGUCCACCCCCGCCACCAGAACCAGCAGUACGGUGCAGUGUUAUACAGCGCACUCCAAAACCUGCGCCAACACCACCUCAACGUGCAAAUCAACACGAAGUUUUACUGCCACCCGGCUUUCUUGAACAUCUCGGACCCGAACAGCAAGAGCCUAUUGACUAUCACGUGCCGAAACGACGUUCGGCUUCAAUCGAUAGUGACGAAGAGCAAACAGAUUCGUUGAACACAAAGCGUUUAGAACGUGAACGAAAAUUGCGUGAAGCUCGUAGACGUAGCGCAAUAUUAGCAGCACGUGCUGUGCUUGCCCAAGCGAGACUUAAUCCUCGUCUGGUACGUAGUAUACCUGGUAUCUUGGCUGCAGCAGCUGGACACGGACGUACAUCGUCUACAGGAGCCGGUCAAGGUUUCCAAGGCUCUAGCGGCUUCGGUGGAAAUAAUUCAGGCAACGGCAACAAUCAAAGCCCAAGCGGAGGUGCAGGUUCACCUACAGGCUUUGGUGGUGCGUUAGGUGGCAGCGGUGGUGCUGGAGGUGGUAUGGGCGGCGGUCGUGACGGUCGCAGUAAUUACGGUCCAAAUUCACCACCAUCUGGUGCUCUUCCUCCAUUCUACGAGAGUUUAAAAAGUGGCAACACAAUGAAUUCAUCAUCAUCAACAUCGGCGAAUUUUAAUGGAAAUUCAAAUUUCCUUAUACAAAAUGCGGCGGCAGCUGCUUACUUAAUGUCUGCAGCAGGUGGAAAUGGCGGCGGUCAGCAACAUACAAAUAACUAUUUAGACUGUAGUCCAACGAAUGGGAACAGUGCAGGAGGUGUGGGUAGUGGUGUGAACGAUAGUGGUAACGGUGGUUUGGAGAUCACAACAUUUGCCAAUGGCCAGGCGUACGGCAUUAUACUGAAGGAUGAACCGGAUAUUGAGUAUGACGAAGCCAAAAUUGACAUCGGUGCUUUCGCGCAGAACAUUAUCCAGGCUACUAUGGGGAAUUCGGGAAAUUUUAAUGCUGCAGCCUAUGAAGACGCCAUCAUGUCGGAUUUGGCAAAUUCGCAAGGUCCCAACGGCUCGGUAGAUCCAUUACAAUUCACCGCCACACUUAUGCUGAGCUCACAGACAGAUCAUUUACUGGAACAACUCUCGGACGCUGUCGAUCUCAGUUCUUUUUUGCAACGUGAAUGUGCGGACGAUGAGAACUCCACCAGUCCACGACAGGAUUUCGAGCUGGUUUCAACACCAUCGCUCACGCCCGACUCGGUGUCCAUAACGCCUGUGGACACCAACAAUGGAAACCAUCUCGAUACAUUCCACGAGAGUCUUAUACAACAAAUAACCAACAACAUUUCGCGCAAUCACAUUGGCAGCAACCAAAAUGGUAACAUGCAAUCAUAUCCAUUUGAGCGUCAGCAACAUUUGAACGGCAACCAGCAACAUAUGAGCAACGAACAGCAUAAUGUAAAUCAUCAACAGCAACAACCACCACCAUCCUAUCAACAUGCAACACGUGAUUUGUUGCAAUUACAGCAACAGCAACAACAACAACACCAUCAUGCACAAACGCAUUCUUAUCACCAACAGCAGCAGCAGCAGCAACAUCAAUCCAACUCCAUGUUGCAACACGGUGGUCCAAUGUUGUUGGCCCAGCAACCACAACAACAACAUGCCUACCAACAACACCCUCAUCCAUACGGUCCAACGCAGCAUCAUCACCAGCAACCGCAUCACAUUGUGCCGCCUCACCAUAUGCAACAUCAUCAUCAUCAUCAUAGCAGCGAUAACAGUAAUUUGUCGCUGCCCUCACCGAAUGCGGCACAUCUGUCAGCGCAUCACGGCAUGUCGUCGGCAGCGAGCAAUUCGUCGGGCGCCUCCACUUCCGGUCUGCUAGACGCCAGCACGGCCAUGCUCGACACAAAGCCGCUGAUACAAAGCGUAAGUCCCACACAUUCGACCGGCAGUUCCAAUGCAAGUUCUUGCGUUAUGGGCUCAAGUAAAUUGAGCACAAGCUCAUCUUGUGGCUCCGCAUCGAUGGUGGCGUCAGCGUCACUGCGUAGUGUAGCUGCCGCUGGCAUACUGCCACCAUCGCCCACUGUCGCUAUGCUGCAUGAAAGCAAAAUGCUACAGCAGAGGUUGGGUCUGCCACCAGAGGUGCAGCUGGAGUUCGUCAACGGCGGUCAUGGCAUUAAGAAUCCGCUUGCUGUGGAGAACACACACUCAGGUCACCACCGCAUACGCAGCAUCGAUUGCGUGGACGAUUUGAAGAAGAGCGGCAACAUCAGCACUGACGGUUCGGAAAGCGGCGGCGGCGGCGGCGGUGGCAGCAGCUGUGCCGGCGACGGCUCCAAAUUCGUUUGUCGCAUUUGUCUGAAAGCGUUCUCGCUGCAACGCCUGCUGAAUCGCCACAUGAAGUGUCACUCGGAAAUCAAACGCUAUCUGUGCACCUUCUGUGGCAAGGGCUUCAACGAUACUUUCGAUUUGAAGCGUCACACGCGCACCCACACCGGCGUGCGUCCGUACAAGUGCAACUUGUGCGAGAAGAGCUUCACGCAGCGCUGCUCGUUGGAGUCGCACUGCCUCAAGGUUCAUAGCGUACAGCAUCAGUACGCCUACAAGGAGCGCCGCGCUAAGAUGUAUGUUUGUGAGGAGUGCGGUCACACGACUUGUGAGCCCGAAGUGCAUUACAUCCACUUGAAAGAGAAUCAUCCAUACUCGCCCGCUUUGCUGAAGUUCUACGACAAGCGUCACUUUAAGUUCACAAACUCGCAAUUCGCCAACAACUUGCUGGGUCAACUGCCAAUGCCGGUGCAUAAUUAAGUGUAGUGCUCUGCCAAGUAGUUCACAUGCAUACAUACUUAUAACGUAGUUAGAUCAAUUGACACAUUUGAGUUUUCGAAAAACUGCCCAUAAACGGAGAUUAUUAUAUAUUUUGCUUACCUUUUACCACUUGUACUAUAACAUUAUUGAAAGCGCGUAUUUCAUUUAAGUUCUUUUGGCUACAUUUUUUAUUGUGAAUUUUUUUUUCAUAUACUUUAAAUUUACUACAAAACAUGUUUGCAUUGCAAACUUGCUGCGUGACGGCUUCUCUGCAUUGUUGACUUGCGCUGGAGUGAACACAAUGCGUCUGCAUUGCAAACAUACAUACAUAUACAUAUACAUUAAGAAUUUUCGCAUAUUUAUUGAAAGAGAAAGACAUACGGUUAGGCAAAAUGUUUAAUUUUUAGCGCACACUUUUAGCUCAUGUAUAUUUAUUAGAUAAAUUGAAGUCAUAUUUAAGUUGCUAACAUUGCGUAACUAAUUCUCAUUACCUUUAAGUUUGUAAUAUAUUGGGAGUUUUACAUUGUAAAGUUUGUACAAGUAAUUUUGGCGCGCAUAAAGCAUUUGCCGCUGCCUUAAGCAUAAAUAUAAAAGUGUAUAUAUAUAUUAUAUUACUAGAAUCUACUAGAGCUAAGCACAACACGAAAUUAUGCUUCGUAAAGAAAUUUAAACCGCUAAUUUAGCUUAGUGUUAGUGCAGUUGCGGUAAAUUACGCAUUUGCAGUUAUUUCUUAUAAACCAUUUAGUUAUCUCAUGGCAAAGCAAUGAAAACAUUUUCGAACUUUAAUAGAUUUUGAAUUAAAAUUUCUUUUCUUUACUAAUUGCAAGUUGAACACCCAGUUUAUUAGCCUUAUAAAGUAUCAUGUACAUUUUUCCUUCACAUUUUUCAUAUUAUAUUACAAAAAUACCGUUCGCUUUAGUUAUAAAGAAUAUUGUUAUUUUUUUUUUUUACUUUUAAAUUUUUUUUAUUUCAAUUUGAAGUUAAUUUAUUGCAAAUAAAUGAAUUAAUGAACAUAAACAGCAACAACAACAAGUGUAAAGAGGCGUAAUUACAAUUAAAAAAAAGAUAUAUUAAGCAACAAAAACCGUUAGCUGCGCUUAAUUUCUUUGUAAAUUUCUGCAGUUGACGGCGCACAUUUAGAUUUAUUAGUUCUAAGUCCAAGCUAAGCAAAAAAAAAAAAUGAGAAUAUUCGGCGCACUGCUUUUUGCUGCUCAUAAAUGAGGCAAUUGCGUUAAAGUAGCAUACAAAUUUUGCAAUUGUGUUAAGCUAAGCUUUAAUAUAUAAAUAUUAUUUAAUUAAUAAAAAAAAGCAAACUUUUAGUUUUGUAAUUUAGCGCCUAAGCGAUUUGCGAAAGUAAACGAAAAUAAGUGAAACCACCAAUUUGUACUGAUUUGAAUCUCUUGUUUAAUUACUACUUACUUAUACAUACAAACAUACAUACACACAUACAUACAUGCAUAUAUAUAAAUUUAUAUAAGAAGCGUGUUAGCAUAAUUUUUUGCUUAGAACAUUUUUUUAAUUUUUGUUUUUGUUUAAUUUUCUUUUUUAGUAAUGCAUUAAUUUUAAGUUGAAAAGAGAACACAGCCAACACACAAGCUGUUUAAGGUAAUUAAACAUACACACAUACACGCACUUAUGCACACAUAUUAAUAUACUGAGUAUAAUUAAUAAAGGCUUUAUCUACGCUAAAAACAAAAAAAAAA